AUCUUUAAUGCUAUGAUAUAUUUUUGAUAUUUAUGCUUAAUUGAUUUUUAUUGAUACUUGGUUCAUUCCAAUUCAUUUAAUAUUGAUCUUGCCCACUCUAUUUUUCUCUGUUUUCACACUUAAAUAAAUCUCUUGGGGCAUCUAAUGCAGUUUUUGCGGUUUGCUUGCAGGGUAGUGGUUCUGCUGCUCAAGGUGAAAUUUCUUUUCUUUCUUGGAAUAGAAAGGUUCAACAUAUAUUAGCAUCCACGUCCUAUAAUGGAACAACUGCUGUUUGGGACUUGAGGAAGCAAAAACCAAUCAUAAGUUUUUCAGAUUCUGUUAGAAGACGGUGCUCUGUCUUACAGUGGAAUCCAGAUCUAGCAACUCAGCUUAUUGUUGCAUCAGAUGAAGAUGGUUCACCUUCUCUGAGGCUUUGGGAUAUGCGAAAUAUAAUGUCACCAGUAAAAGAGUUUGUGGGCCACACUAAAGGUGUAAUUGCAAUGUCUUGGUGUCACACAGACAGCUCCUAUUUGAUUACCUGUGCGAAAGACAAUCGUACUAUUUGCUGGGACACAGUAACUGGAGAGGUUGCAUGUGAAUUGCCAGCUGGUACCAACUGGAACUUCGAUAUACACUGGUAUCCAAAAAUACCUGGAGUCAUAUCAGCAUCUUCCUUUGAUGGGAAAAUUGGAAUUUACAAUAUUGAGGGUUGCAGCCGGUAUGGUGUAACAGAGAGUGAUUUUGGUGCAGCACCUCUGAGAGCUCCAAAAUGGUAUAAGCGUCCUGUUGGGGCAUCUUUUAGCUUUGGGGGAAAACUUGUCUCUUUUCAUCCUCGGCCAUCUGCUGGAGGUGCUCCUGUUGGCUCAGAGGUUUUUAUGCAUAAUUUGGUUACUGAAGAAAGUCUGGUCAGCCGCUCAUCUGAAUUUGAGGCUGUGAUACAGAAUGGGGACAGGUCUUCAAUGAGGGUUUUUUGUGAGAAAAAAUCUCUGGAGUCUGAAACUGAAGAUGACCGAGAAACUUGGGGCUUCUUGAAGGUUAUGUUUGAAGAUGAUGGGACAGCUAGGACAAAAUUGCUUAUGCAUCUUGGUUUUAGUUUACCUACUGAAGAAAAAGAUACCGUACCAGAAGACCUCGCUCAGGGAAUAAAUGGUGUUACACUUGAGGAUAAAAUGGAAGAUAGUGUUGGAUUUGAUGCACAGAAAGAAGCUGCCAUCUUUGCUGCUGAUAAUGGGGAAGAUUUCUUUAACAAUCUUCCAAGUCCCAAAGCUGAUACACCUGUCUCAGCUUCUGCUAACAACUUCACUGUUGAGAGUUCUACUCCAAAGGAUCAAGUGCCUGAAGAACACGAAGAACUGGAGGAUAGUGCUGACCUGUCAUUCCAAGAUGCUGUUCAACAUGCCUUGGUUGUUGGAAACUACAAGGGAGCUGUUGCUCUCUGCAUAUCAGCAAACAAAAUGGCUGAUGCUUUAGUUAUUGCUCAUGUUGGUGGCACUUCCUUAUGGGAGACAACACGUGAUCGGUAUCUCAAGAUGAACCGCUCACCCUACCUGAAGAUUGUCUCUGCAAUGGUGAACAAUGAUCUCAUGAGCCUUGUAAAUACCAGGCCUCUGAAAUUUUGGAAGGAAACACUUGCUCUUCUCUGUACAUUUGCACAAAAAGAGGAAUGGACUGAACUGUGCGACACACUAGCUUCAAAACUAAUGGCUGCUGGUAAUACUCUGGCAGCAACUCUUUGUUAUAUAUGUGCGGGUAAUAUUGACAAGACAGUGGAGAUUUGGUCAAAGAGCUUGGCAAAUGAACAAGAGGGAAAAUCUUAUGUUGAUCUUCUUCAGGAUCUGAUGGAAAAGACGAUUGCCCUUGCUUUGGCAACUGGGCAGAAACAAUUCAGUGCUUUUCUCUGCAAGCUUGUUGAGAAAUAUGCUGAAAUUUUGGCUAGUCAAGGGCUUCUAACUACAGCUUUGGAGUGCUUGAAACUCCUGGGAUCUGGUGAAUUGUCACCUGAACUUGUGAUCUUAAAAGAUCGCAUCACUCUGUCUACAGAAUCUGAGAAAGAAACUAAAUCCACUGCUUUUGAUAACUCUCAACUGCACAGUGGAUCAGUCUUUGAGCCUUCACAGCAAAUUUAUCAGGAUUCGGCUCCAUUACAAAUUCAACGAAGUGUUCCUACUCCUUACAAUGAUAACUUUCAACAUCCUUUUUCUUCCUAUGUGGGAGGGUAUGCUCCUCCUGCUACCUAUCAACCACAGCCACCACCUGCUACUUAUCAACCACAGCCACCACCUGCUACUUAUCAACCACAGCCACCACCUGCUACUUAUCAACCACAGCCACCACCUGCUAAUGUUUUCAUGCCAUCACAGGCUCCUCAUGUUACACAGGCAAAUUUUGGUCCUCCACCUGCCACCACACAGCCUGCAAUGAAAGCUUUUGUUCCUUCCAACCCUCCUGGCCUAAGAAAUGCAGGCCAAUUUCAGCAGGCACCCACAUUGGGUUCUCAGUUAUAUCCUGCUGCUACAAACCCUACUUACCCUGUUCAACCAGGGCCUUCUUCACACAGCCCCAUCCCUUCACAAGGGGGCUCAGUUCCUGGGCUGAAAAUGCCACAGAUUACAGAUCCCACAACAACAUCUAGGGCUUUUGUGCCAAUGACAAUGCAACCAUCCAGCCCUACACAGCAACAAUCAGUACAACCAGCUGUGGCACCUGUAGCUCCACCACCAACUGUGCAGACUGUUGAUACUUCAAAUGUACCUGUCCACUAUAAAUCUGUAAUCACAACUCUGACUAGACUUUUCCAUGAGACAUCGGAAGCACUGGGAGGCUCUAGUGCAAAUCCAGCUAAGAAGCGGGAAAUCGAAGACAAUUCAAGGAAAAUAGGUGCCUUGUUUGCCAAACUCAACAGUAAUGAUUUAUCACCCACUGCUUCUGAUAAGCUUAUCCAACUUUGCCGGGCUUUGGACAAUAAUGAUUUUGGUGCAGCUCUACAAAUCCAGGUUAAUCUCACCACUACGGACUGGGAUGAGUGCAACUUUUGGUUGGCAACACUCAAAAGAAUGAUUAAGACAAGGCAGAAUGUGAGAUGAAAAAGCUAAAAACAUCCACAAGUAUGCCAUCUCAAGUUAGCACGUUUUUAUUUGUGUAGGAAUACACUUGGGGUGCAGAUCAAUACUUGGACAUUCACAAGAAUGGUUUUUGUUUAUUGCUACCUCAGUAUUUUGGUUCUUGGGUCCUUAACUCUCCUCCAACAAGAUCUUGAAUUGGCUUUGACAGUACUUUUUCUUCUGGGAGGAGUCGGUUAGGGGAGAUUAGUUUCUAGACAUAAGUUUACUUGUUUGUGGUUUUGAUAUUUUGUAGAAUUGAUAAAUUAGUGUCGGUUCUUUCUUUUAGUUCAGAUCAUAAACUUUUCACCCUUAAUUUUUUUGUGGCCAAAUGGCAUUAGCGAGCCACUUGAUUUGAUAAGAUGUUGCCUUAUCCCAUCCCAUUUCUUCAUGGCCAUUAGUUGUAUAACCCAUAUCACAUGCACUUUAUUAUCAUCAUUAAUAUAAAAAUAGUUUUAACAACAUGUUUAUGUUUUCAUCGUGAAUGUUUGGUGGUCCGGUUAUUGAGAAAAAGAGCGACAUUCCAGGCUAAAGACUUUUUCUAUAGCUUGGAUUGAAUCCAUCUCAAUCUCAAUGAGCAUAAUGAAAGGCGAGGUAUAUGAACGAGACUGUAAUUGAGUGCGCUGUAAAGCCUUGACGUAUGGAAAGGAACACAGAUUUUCUUGCUUGCUGCCAACUGCUAGGGGACACUUUGUAUCGUGUGUCACAAGUCUUCUUCUCCACUCCACAUGAAUUUGUCGACAAUAAAGAAGGCAUCUGGCCUCUACAAUAGCUGUCCCUUAUGGAGUUAAGCUCGAUGUGUGUGCACUUCUUUUCUUGGACCAACUAGUGUGGUUCCCAAUUCCCAGAAAAUUUGUGAAUAAAUGUCAAAAUGGUGU